AGCGAACCUAUUAAUAAAAUAUUUAAUCAAACAAAAAACAAAUCAGCACACUUUUUAUUUUCAGUUUGGCGGGGUUGACUGUGAUUCUCAGUAUCGUAGGAAAAAAAAACUUUAUUUUUUUAUUUUAUUUUUUUAAAGAAGCAGUCCAUAAUUUAAACACUAUAUAACACGAUACUAUCACGAUAUAGCCAGCACAUAUUUUACACAGCAUGACGAUCACUAACAGUGACAAGCAUUAGGGGAUACACUGUGACUGUUAUGUCACUUACUUUCCCUAAUUGCCAUAAUAAAUGUGAGCAAUUAAAACCUGAAUAUCAUUGUAAAAUGCACUGAUACUCACAGGUGGUGCUAUGGAAGGCCACAUGAUCACUUAAAGUUGGCCUCUCUAGCAACUGUGACCAACAAUAAAGUCAGAUCACAGUGUCAUCCACACAAGACCACCAGGGUAGCACAAGACAUUAAAAUGAAGGCUUUAACUAAAUAACAAACUAUAAGCAUUAAUUAACCAAAAUAUAGUCAAGUAAUUAACUAUAACAUAAAUACAACAUAAAGAACUAUGAUGUGCAUAACAGAUAACAAAAAUAAAAAAGUUAGGAAAAAAUAAUUUUUACAUGUUGAUCAUUUUGGGGAGAAAUAUGACCUUGACAUGUUUUGUAAGAGUCAGCUUAAUUUAUAUAUAUAGUAGGACUUCUCUCCUCUGCGCAAACAUUCUCAGAAACAAGACUGUGAAACUGUGAAAAACCUAAAGUUAAAAUAUAUCUUUGAACGGAAGCAAUUUUCAGAUGAGCCAAUAUAAGUUAAGAUGGUAUUUGGACCCAAGUCCAAAACUAAGUGAUUAUCUCAGUCUAAGAUUCUCCGAGAUCUCGUGGUAUGUGUAUGUUUCUCUGUUAAUUCUUUUAACGACACCAUGUGGCCAUUAUGUGAAGCUGCUGAUGUUUUCCAAUUUUUACAUUUAAAAAAAGAACAGUUAAGACAGCAUCACUGAAACUACCUUUAAAGGUUUUUUUUUGUAUUUAUAUGAACUAUAUACAGUAUAUAUAUAUUUUUUAUGGAAAGUCCUGUCUGUAAACAUCACUCAAAACCUAGAACAAUGUCUAAAGUGCUUGUAACAAGGAUGCAGAGAGGGAAUAUAUUUGUAUACACAACAUUCACAGUAUUGAAGAACUGGUGCCCCAGUCUGCUGAAUAUUUACUAAACACAAAAGCACCAAUAAAGCGAAUGAAACAAGUGCACAGAAGCAGAGACUUGACAGAACAUCCAUGGAGCUGCAGGGAAACAUUCAAAGUACAAUGAUGACAAGACACCAAAAGGCAGAGAUAAUGAUUGCCGGAGAACAGCUAAGAUUGCGACUACAUGAUAGCAAGUUGAUCAAGGACCGUAGACACCAUUUGCGAACAUACCCAAAUUGUUUUGUGGCUCAGGAGCUCAUUGACUGGCUGAUUGCUCAUAAAGAAGUGCCUGAUCGAGAGACUGCUGUCCCGCUCAUGCAGCACCUCAUGGACCAUGAUAUCAUUCAUCACGUGUGUGAUAAGUGGCCUGUGUUCAAAGACGCCCAAUAUUUAUACAGAUUCAGAAAAGAUGAUGGCACAUUUCCUUUCAACAUAGAGGUUAAGAUCUUCAUGCGUGGACAGAGGCUGUAUGAACAUCUGAUUACAAGCAAAGACUCCAUCUUACAACUGAGACAGGAAAAGGGAGUGGCUUAUGAUCGUUCUUUCCCUGGUUACAUGUUAAUUGAUUGGCUGCUACAAAACGGUGAAAUAGAGAGUCGACGGCAAGGACUGGAUCUCUGCAAGGCCCUACUAGAGCAUGGUAUCAUUCAGCAUGUCUCUCUGAAGCACCACUUCUUUGACAGCGGGCUGCUGUAUCAAUUCUGCAUUAACUUUCGCUGGCGGCGCCGUCUUUCUGAACUGUUGCAUGAGACAGAGAAUGAAGAGGUUGAAUGUAUAACACACCAAAGCCAAGAAGACCAGGCUGGCAGUCCCUUCACUAUGCACAAAACUUCUCCACCUGAAGGCAACAGUGACUUCUUAUCUGUUCAACCUACUUUGGAUGGACGGUGUGGAAGUUUGACCCACCAGCAGCAUAGUUCUCGUGGAUACCCGCUCACUGCUUCUCUUACCGUUGCCCUUGCAGUACGAUGCAAUCCCACAUCAGUGCUGAAAAGACGUGUAACCUGUGAAGAGCUGUUAUCUCCAGGUGCUCCUUAUGUAAAAAGAGUUCUUACGAUCCUCGGUGAUGCCCUAGGCUGGGGCUUUGUAGUGCGUGGAAAAUCACCUUGUUAUGUUCAGGCUGUGGAUCCUGCAAGCCCUGCUGCAGCAGCAGGAAUCAAGGUUCGUCAGUUUGUGUGCCGAGUGAAUGGAUGCAGUGUGCUUCACUUAGACUAUCGUACUCUUUCAAAGGUGGUGAUGACUGGACCCCGUGUUGUUACUUUGGAAGUCAUGGAACCACUGGAUUAAUUAAGU